AUGGACGAUCCCGAGCUCAAGGCAAAGGCACGCGAUGUCUUCACCGCGCUCACCGCCAACGGCGCCAGCUUCACCGAGUUCCUCGACGCGGACUUCAGCGCGUGGCGCGUCUUUUUCCGCGGACUGAAGGAGCUGAGCAACGACCAGACCAGCGCGCUGGGCGAGCUCGCCGCGGGCGGCUUCCUCGGCAGGAACGACAUCACGAUGAGCAACUGGGGCAAGAGCGUGAAGGAGCGGUCGGAGCUGUUCAAGGAGGAGUUCGAUCGCUUCAUCGGCCUGCCGGAGGUUCGCGGCGCUCUGGCGAAGGACCUCGGGAUGGCGUCGCAGGCGCCGCCCGCGUCGCCCCUCGCGGCGAUGCGCGCGGCGGCGUCGCGCGAGGCGUCCCCCGCCAAGGAGAACGCGGGGGACACCGCGAAUGACGCGGCGCGGCACCGAGGAACCGAGCACUCGCCCGCCCGUGCGAUCGACGGCGGCGACGGGCAGGGAGCGUCGGCGCAUCAUCACGGGUCCCAUCAUCCCAAACCGCCUUCGCCGCCGCGAGCCGCCCCGCAUCCGAUGCCCCCGGCGAUGAUGGCGAAGACCCCGCUCCGCCCCGACGCCGCCGUGGAGGUGGUCACCAACCCGUCCGCCGCGGCCGUCGUCGUGGACAUCAGCGCCACGCACGUGCCCGUCGAGCACCACCGCGAGAGGAUCAUGGCGUACCUCUCCGGCUUUGAGAAUCUGCUCGCGUCGCUGCGGGUCAAGACGGAUGCGCUGGCGAGCGCGCCGCUGGUGGACGCGCCCGCGGCGGUGGAGGAGCUCCGGGGGCGGCUAGACGUGGCGCUCGAGCGAGUGGCGGGGAUGAUCGCGGAGGAGUCGGGGGCGUGA